ACGACGGCUGCUUCGAAUGAUGGCGCUUGCGAACCAACAAUACACGGUGGUAGGCUUCACGGAAGAAUUAGACUGGAAUCCUCUUCAGUUUAUGAAGCCCCUUCCUAGAAAUAAGCUGUGCAGUGUAUGCGGACUCGUACGCAAGACAACCGCGAAUCUCCCUUGCGGCCAUGUAGCAUGUUGUGUCUGCCUCGAACAGUGCAAAACGACCGACGGGUACGCCUGUCCGAUUGACGGUGAAAUCUGCCUGGAAGAGCACGUUGACUGGAGAGACCUCCCUGCUGAAAACCUGCUGAAAAGAGAGGUUAAAUGCUGGAACCAACGACUCGGUUGCCCACUUAUGAUGGCUGCCUCAGACGUUCACAAGCACUUUCACCGAGAAUGCGAAUACCACUGUACAUUCUGCCCAAGGUGUUCGGCGACGGUUUUAUGCCGUGACAUGGGCGAGCAUCUGAGAGCUUCAUGCCACGCCCAUGCAGCAACUCAAGCGACGGAGUGCGAGGAGAAGUUGAGCGACGCCGUGGAGAAAGGAAUAGCGACCGUUGUCAGGACAGCAGUGCAGGAACAGGCGGGUGAAAUGAAGGCGCUUCUGGAGCGAGUAGUCAGAGACAACGGUGCUGUUAUUGACAGCCUAAUUGAGGUCUGCCAAAGUAUGAACUCCCUAAAGGAAUCAGUGAGCCAAGAUGUUGCGCCUGUCGGACAAAUUGAGGGAACGAUACAUCGUGUGUUGAGUGGAAUCAACGCGAUACAAAGAGCGCUUAGCAGUGAAAUGGCUGACAUGAAAAAUCAAUAUUCAUACGCAAGAACAAGCACGAAGAGGUUGCUAGAGAUGCAGCAGAAAGCACUAGCAUACGCUGAAAGAAGCGGAACGCGUUGCGACUUUUUCGUUCCCGGAAUAGGGUCACUUGAAGCCAAGGCGGCGAAAGACGGCCAGAGCGAAUAUGUCCAUGGGCAGGUCUACCUUCGCGGUUACAACAUGUCACCGGGGGUUAUUCUGAAGAAAAAUGGCAAAUGUAUUAAACUUAACAUUAGGCUUGAGCUGCACGUAGGUGACCACGACGAUAGAAUUCCAUGGCCGUUCGAGCAUAAAAUUAGGUUUACUAUUCUGCACCCUGUCAAGAACGAAGACAAAGUGAUUGCACAAAAGACAAACCGCUCUCUCCCAGCCUAUCAGAAAGAAAAUCUAUCAAGCACCUGUUUUUCUUGCUUUCAUAAUUGUUUUGAUCUAGGAGACCUGAAGAGAGAUGGCUAUGUGUGCAACGACACUCUGCGUGUGACAUUGGAGCUCCUUUAAUUGUCGCUGUAAACAAUCACAGGUUUUGGUGCUGACAUUAUGCGCAGCAUUCAAAUGGUGACCAUGUACGCACCG